UGUGUGACGGGUUGUAACUUUAAUCUCCUCGCAGACGUUGAAGCUUCAUUGAAGAAUACACACAAAUACUCUCUCUCUCUCGCUCUCUCUCUCUGUCUCUCUCUCAGAUCUCAAUACUCACUAAACCCUAUCUCAUAAAUCAUAUCUCACAUAUCAAUUUCUACACACAAUUCAACUGCUCGAUCUGAUCAGGUAUUGAUUGAGCAAAACUCAAGUUGAUGGCCUGUGAUGGUGUUUUAUCUGUCAAUUGCUGGAUUUUGACGUAUUGCUAGUUGGAUAAUAUUGGGGGGCUAGCAUGAACAUUGUAAAGGGUGUUGCUGACCUUAUCCGAAGGUCAUCUACUGGUUACACUUCAGAGUCUGGAGUAGGGUCGGGGAGGUUACCACCUCCUAGUCCAAAAAUCUGUUUCAGUGAAAUUGGUGAUGAAGCAAUUUUAAGUACACUUUGGGGAAGGUACAAUGAUGCCCUCGAUAAGGUGGAGAGAAAGAAGUUCUUUCUUAUGUUUCUGAAGCAAUUCUUAAUUGUGUACAAGAAUUGGAAGCCGGUAGAUCUAAGGCAAUCCCAGGGGGAUGCUUCACCUGCCUUCCCACCAGCAGAAUAUUCACAACAUGAUGAUGUGAUAUUUGGCUGUUCUUUUGGUCACCCUGCUGAAAUUACCAUAACCUUAAUCGAAGAAAUCACACAUAUAAAUGCCAUAGUCUCAGAAUUUACAUCGGUGAACUUGAGCGGGACGAUAUCUACCACCGAACGGUUAGGGAAUGUAACUAGCUAUACUCUUACAUCUGAAGGGUUCCCCAUUUUGGAUGCUCUUACUAUUGUAACAAGGUCAAUGCACAACUGCAAAGUCUUUGGUUACUAUGGUGGAAUUCAAAAACUCACAGCAUUGAUGAAAGCGGCUGUUGUCCAGCUCAAAACAAUCACCAGUGCGCUUUCAGCAGAUGAAAGUUUAUCAAGCUUUAUCCUAGAGAAGAUAUCGUUUCUGCAAACUUUACUUAGACAUGUUGUCUUAAUAAUUUGUAGCUUUAUCAAUCUAUAUUCAGAUGUUUACGAGCUCUCCCAACCAUACUAUAGUAUGUUGAAGUUUAGUUUCCUGAAGGGUGGUUCAAAGUCAGUAGAAUCUUCUAGUGAGACGACAGCUCCCUCUGAAGCAAGAAUUCGUUGGCAUCAAAAGGCAGUUAUUUCAGUGAUGGAAGCUGGGGGACUAAAUUGGUUAGUAGAGCUAUUGCGAGUAAUGCGAAGGUUGAGUAUGAAAGAACAGCAGACAGAUACAGAGCUUUAUUGUUUGACACUAACAAGCCUUCGAUCAGCAUUAGUAAAUAACCCGCGUGGUCAAAAUCAUUUUAGAAGUAUUGGGGGACUUGAAGUUCUCUUGGACGGACUUGGAUUUCCGUCGGCAAACAUAUUAAAAGCAAAGAUUUCUUCUUUUUCUACCAAGGAUAGAGGGGAGGAUGCUUUUGGGGGAAUUCUGCUGCUCCAUGUACUUUCCUUGGAGGUUCUUAGAGAGUCUGUAUUUGGGAAUUUGAAUAAUUUGCAGUUCUUAUGUGAGAAUGGGAGAAUACACAAAUUUGCAAACAGUUUUUGUGCACCUGCAUUCAUGCUUCAGGAGUACAAGCAGCAUAGCAAGGACUUAAUUGUGCAAGAAAAUUUGUAUCAGCUAGUUUCAGAUGCCAAAGACACUAAUACGGAAUAUCAUGGAUAUUGGAAACAUUAUGUUGUCAAAUUAAGCAAAGUCCUCACUGCAUUCCUUCUUUCACUAGAAGAUUCAAUUUCUUAUGAUUAUCAAUCACCAGCUGGUAAAACUACCUUGGCAGUUUCUUCAGUCUACGGUGAACUUUCAGUGAAGUGGUUCAUGAGGGUUCUUCUUACUGUCUUUCCAUGCAUCGAGGCCUGUUCAAAUCAAAAUCAGCUACCUAACUAUUUAAGGUUGUUUGUCUAUGUCUUGCAGCACCAUGUUCUCUUUGUCUUGAGGAACGUUCUCAUUUUGUCACCUUCACAGCUUGAUGUAUUCCGGUCAGAGGGCGUGUGGGAUUUUAUCUUCUCAGAGAAUUUUUUCUACUUCGGUCCAGUUUCAGCUGAGUGUGCUGAGGGUUAUGAUUCAUGUAGAGAGAUUCUUCCCUGGGACUAUGCAUGCAAUUUGGAUUCCAGCUCCACUGACCAUCAAGUGAACAGUAGCGAGAUAGAAAUUCUUCAAAGUGAAGUAAUUUCGAUCUUGGAGUUUGCUGCAACUUUAACUGGAAAUUCGCAUAAUCUGCCAGAAUGUUCUGCUUUAUUGGAUGCCCUUGAACAUUCUGCGUGUAAUCCUGAAAUUGCCGGUGCUAUAGCAAAAUGCUUGCUUCGAAUUUAUCAGCAUGCAGCUGAAAAAACUGCUGCUUCUUUUAAGACCCUUGAUGCGAUUUCACGGGUGCUUAAAAUUGCGUGUAUUCAAGUACAUGAAUCUAGGAGGCUAGACCAUAAUUAUGCAGAGUCUGAGAGUGUUGGAAAAUCUACUCCGCAAGAGAUGGUGCAAAAUUGGUAUGCAAGCUUGGAAACAUGUAUGGAGCUUUUUGGGAAAUACUAUUCUACUACAGAAGAUGCAAAAAUUUUGAUUUUGCGUAGUUCUAGUUGUAUUGAUUGCCUAUUUGAGUUGUUCUGGGAGGAGAAUUUGAGAGAACGUGUUCUUGCUUAUGUUCUUGAUCUGAUGAAGAUCAUUCCAUUUGCUAAGCAAGACCGAACCGCUGGCUUGUAUUUGUGUUCCAAAUAUCUAGAAACAUUUACUCAUGUAAAGGAACGUGAGAAAUGCUUUACAGAGUUGUCAAUUAAUUUAUUACUUGGUAUGAGAGGCAUGCUUCUAUUGAACCAAAGGUAUUAUCAGGCCUUAUUUCGUGAUGGUGAGUGUUUUUUACAUGUUGUAUCUUUAUUGAAUGGGAAUCUUGAAGAAGAAAAUUGUGAGAAGCUGGUUCUUGAUGUCCUUGAAACUCUGACGUGCCUGCUUGCAAAUAAUGAUAUCUCAAAGGAUACAUUUAGAGCUCUUGUUGGCAAAGGUUAUCGGACUCUGCAAAGUUUGCUGUUGGACAUCUGUCAGUGGCUGCCUAGUGAUGGUCUUUUAAACGCUUUACUCGACAUGCUUGUUGAUGGAAUGUUUGAUAUCAAAACAAGAUCUGUUAUUAAGAACGAAGAUGUGAUUUUACUGUAUCUCAGUGUUCUGCAGAAGAGCAGUGACUCAUCACGGCUUCUUGGACUCAACUUGUUUCUUCAAUUGCUAAAGGAGUCAAUUUCCAAUCGAGCUUUGUGUGUCAAAGCCGGAAUGCUAAACUUUCUUAUUGACUGGUUUUCGCAAGAAGAAGAUGAUGGCGUUGUACUGAAACUGGCUCAAUUAAUUCAGGUCACUGGUGGGCACAGUAUAUCUGGAAAGGAUAUUCGCAAGAUUUUUGCUCUACUUCGUAGUGAGAAAGUAGGAACUCGUCAGCAGUACUGUUCACUAUUGUUAACCAGCAUCUUGUCAAUGAUGAAUGAGAAAGGACCAACAGCCUUUUUCGAUCUUAAUGGCAAUAGUUCUGGUAUUUUAAUCAAGACGCCCGUGCAAUUGCCUUUGUAUAAGGGAUUUUCAUUUUCUUGUUGGCUCAGGGUAGAAAACUUCCCAGAAACUGGAACAAUGGGGCUUUUCAGUUUUCUUACAGAAAAUGGUAGAGGCUGUUUAGCUGCUCUUGCCAAAGACAAGCUGUUCUAUGAGUCUGUAAAUCAGAAACGACAGUUUGUCUCUCUUAACGUGAACCUUUCAAAGAAAAGAUGGCAUUUUCUCUGCUUAAGUCAUAGCAUAGGGAGAGCUUUUUCAGGGGGUAGCCAGGUGAGGUGUUAUGUCGACGGAGUUUGUGUAUCGUCAGAAAAGUGCAGCUAUGCCAAAGUUAAUGACACCCAGAUGAGUUGCACAAUUGGCACGAAGUUAGAUACGCCUUCAACUGAAGAUGAAAAUUCUGCACACUGCAUUAAAGAGUCAUCUCCUUUUUUUGGUCAAAUUGGUCCAGUUUAUAUGUUUAGCGAGCCAAUUAGUUCUGAACAAAUACAGGGAAUUUAUUCCUUAGGACCAAGUUAUAUGUAUUCAUUCCUUGACAAUGAAAUUGCAUUUCGAUCAGACAGUCCAUUGCCUGUUGGAAUUCUUAAUGCUAAAGAUGGUCUUGCAUCGAAAAUAACUUUCGGACUUAAUGCUCAGGCUUCUAAUGGGAGGACAUUGCUCAAUGUUUCACCAAUGCUGGAUCAUGCCCUUGAUAGGAAAUCUUUUGAAGCAACAGUCAUGGAUGGUACUCAGUUAUGUUCGCGUCGGUUGCUGCAGCAGAUUAUAUAUUGUGUUGGGGGAGUCUCUGUGUUUUUCCCCCUUUUUACUCGUUCUGAGUUAUACGAAAUUGAAGAAAGUGGAGAAGCAGGACAUAGUUUGCUCCUUCCUACCAAAAAAGAGCGGCUUACUGCGGAGAUUGUUGAGCUUAUAUCUUCAGUCCUAGAUGAAAAUUUAGCUAACCAACAGCAGAUGCUUCUUCUUUCUGGAUUUUCAAUUGUAGGAUUCUUACUGCAAUCAGUUCCUCCCCAACAACUUAAUUUGGAAAUGGUUUCAGCUCUGAAAUCUUUGUACAAUGUUGUUGUUAAUUGUGGCUUGUCUGAGAUGCUCGCUAAAGAUGCUAUUUCUCACAUCUUUCUGAAUCCCUACAUCUGGGUCUACACAGUUUACCCAGUGCAACGUGAAGUAUACAUGUUUCUCAUCCAACAAUUUGAUAACGACCCAAGAUUGCUCAAGAGUUUAUGUCGUCUACCUCGUGUUCUUGAUAUAAUUCGCCAAUUUUACUGGGAUAACUCAAAAUCUCGUUCUGCUAUCGGAGGCAAACCUCUUCUUAAUCCGAUAACAAACCAGGUUGUUGGCCAAAGACCAAGUAGGGAAGAAGUACAUAAAAUUCGUCUUCUUUUACUAAGUCUUGGGGAAAAUAGUUUAAGGCAGAGUAUUGCAGUACCUGAUGUUAAAGCCCUAAUUGCGUUUUUUGAGACUAGUCAAGAUAUGGUUUGUAUUGAAGAUGUUCUACAUAUGGUCAUCCGUGCUGUUUCCCAGAAACCAUUGCUUGCCUCCUUUUUGGAGCAAAUCAAUUUGAUUAGUGGCUGUCACAUUUUUGUUAAUCUCCUAGAAAGGGAUUAUGAGCCUAUCAGGUUGCUCGCCUUGCAGUUUCUCGGAAGACUUCUGGUUGGUCUUCCUUCAGAGAAGAAGGCAUUAAAAUUUUUUAGUAUUACUGUAGGAAAAUCAAAAUCUCUUUUAGAUAGCAAUAAAAAGCCUGGUCUGCCGAUGCAACCUAUAUUUUCUGUCAUCUCGAACAAGCUUUUCAAAUUUCCUCUGACAGAUAACCUUUGCGCUGCAUUGUUUGAUGCUCUUCUUGGCGGUGCUAGUCCUAAACAGGUUUUGCAGAGAUGUAAUCAGUUUGAGAAGCAGAGGGGACUUAUGAACAACUCACAGUUCUUUCUUCCUCAAAUCUUGGCUCUCAUUUUUAGAUUUUUGUCAGGUUGUGAGUCUGUAGCCGCAAGAAUAAAGAUUAUUGAAAAUAUACUUGAUCUGCUUGAUACCAAUCCGUCAAACAUCGAAGCUCUGUUGGAGCAUGGAUGGAAUGCAUGGCUAGUUGCUUCAGUAAAGCUCGAUACUUUACAAAACUAUAAAAUGGACUUGCGAGUUCAAGGACAAAGUGAGAUGAGUGAGCAAACUUCUGUUAGGAAGCUUUUUUGUGUUGUCCUUUGUCAUUGUAUCCAGUCUGUUAAAGGUGGCUGGCAACAAUUAGAAGAGACGGCAAAUGUUUUACUUAUGCAUUGUGAACAAGAUAGUAUUUCAUAUCGAUACCUUCUCCGUGAUAUAUAUGAGGAUCUAGUUCAGAGGCUAAUAGAUUUAUCUUCAGAGGACAAUAUCUUUCUCUCACAGCCAUGUCGAGACAACACAUUGUACCUCUUGAAACUGCUUGAUGAUCUGUUACUCUCUGAAAUUGAUGCUAAGCUUCCGUUCCCUUCUAGCUUCACAGAUAUUUCUACCAACUUCCUGGAAUUAGGAAGUCACAAAGAUCUCAGUUCUGCUCUGUAUGAUGCUUUGAAUGGAGUUUAUGAUGGCCAACCAUCUAGUAAUAUGAUGGGACAUGUCAUUUCCGAAAAUGAUAUUGAUGAAGAAUGGUGGAACCUGUAUGACAAGCUGUGGAUAGUUAUUAGCGAGAUGCAUGGCAAAGGGCCAAGCAAGUUACCAAAAUCAUCUUCAUCUGCGGCGCCAUCUUUUGGACAGAGAGCACGGGGUUUGGUAGAAUCCUUAAAUAUCCCUGCUGCUGAAAUGGCCGCAGUCGUUGUAUCAGGGGGAAUUAGCAAUGCACUUGUUGGAAAAGUGAACAAAAUUGUUGAUAAAGCCAUGCUGUUAAGAGGGGAAAAGUGCCCACGAAUUGUAUAUCGGUUAGUGGUCGUGUAUCUAUGCAAAUCUUCUCUUGCAAGAUGUUCUCGAUGUGUUCAGCAGGUCAUUCCUGUUCUGCCUUAUCUUCUGACAGCUGAUGAUGAGCAAAGCAAAAGCAGACUGCAGCUUUUCAUCUGGUCAUUGCUUGCUGUUCGGAAACAAUAUGGGAUGCUUGAUGAUGGUGCUCGGUUCCAUGUAAUUUCUCAUCUAGUUCGAGAAACGGUCAGUUAUGGGAAGUCAAUGCUAGCCACCAGUCUAGCGGGUCUAGAUGAUUCAUCAGAUUUAAGCAGCAAUCAAACAGAAACCGGAGCAGUUCAUAAUCUCAUCCAGAAGGAUAGACUGUUGGCUGCGGUCUCCGAUGAAGUAAAAUAUAUCAAAAUUUCAAAAUAUGAUCAAGCCAAACAGUUGCAUGACCUUCGUGCAAGGAUGAAUGACAUACCAUCAUCUGAUUCAUUCCAUACAAAAUCAUUUGAAGAUGAGAUACAGAAUAGCUUAAAUGGGAUUCUUGCUUCAGAUGAUAGUAGAAGGGCUUCCUUUCAGCUCGCCUAUGAAGAAGAGCAACAAAUUGUUGCUGACAAAUGGAUUCACACACUCCGCACGUUAAUCGAUGAGAGAGGUCCAUGGUCCACUAUUCCCUUUCCAAAUAACAGCAUAACACACUGGAAACUUGACAAAACGGAGGAUGCUUGGCGGCGUAGGCCAAAAUUGAGGCAGAAUUAUCAAUUUGAUGAGAAGCUUUGCUAUGCUCCGUCCAGUAUACCAAGCACCGAAACAAUUCACCUUGUCAAUGAUGGAAAAGUUGGUUUUGGAUCACAUAUUCCUGAGCAAAUGAAGCAGUUUCUACUGAAAGGAAUUCGCCGGAUAACAGAUGAGGGUUCAUCUGACACCAUUGAAAAUGAAAAUGAGUCUGGUGUGCUAAAGGAAUCUGCUUCCGAGGAUCAAGCUGACAAACGGCAAUUUGAGGCACUUAAAGACAGCAGUGUUCAGAAGGAUAGUGCUGUAGACAAAAAGGAGCCUUCAUUCAUUGCAACCGACUCACAAACUAGUGAGGUUCUAAGGUCUGUCGCCUGUGUGCUUGUAACUCCAAGAAGAAAAUUAGCAGGAAAUAUGGCAGUCACAAAAAGUUUUAUGCAUUUCUCUGGUGAGUUUUUAGUGGAAGGAACAGGGGGCUCAUCUGUUUUCGAGAACUUGGGCACAUCAGGAAAUUUUGAUGCAAGCAAGCCUGAUCAACCGGGAGUUGAACAAAAGUUUAUGAUCAGUUUGGAUUUAAAUUCAGAGAGUGGCAAUGCCAUUGAUAGGAUGAAUGCGACCCAUGGUUUUGCUCUCAAGAAGCAAACUAAAACCAUAAAGCGUCACAGGAGAUGGAACAUUUCCAAGAUAAAGGCUGUACACUGGACUCGGUAUUUGCUCAGAUACAGUGCAAUAGAGAUUUUCUUCGACAAUUCAGUUGCCCCUGUAUUUUUUAACUUUGCAUCACAGAGAGACGCAAAAGAUGUAGGAACCUUGAUAGUUGCCGCCAGAAAUGAAUCUGUGAUUCAACUAGGAUAUAAAGACAAGAGUGGGAUAAUAUCCUUUGUUGAUAGACGUGUAGCAAUGGAGAUGGCAGAAACUUACAAGGAGAGCUGGAGGAGAAGGGAUAUUACAAAUUUUGAAUAUCUAAUGAGACUUAAUACUCUCGCGGGACGGACCUACAAUGAUUUAACUCAGUACCCUGUUUUUCCGUGGGUGCUUGCUGACUAUUCCUCUGAUAGUCUUGAUUUUAAUAAGUCAUCGACUUUUAGGGAUCUUGCAAAACCUGUCGGGGCACUGGAUUCGAAACGGUUUGAGGUUUUUGAGGACAGAUUUCGUAGUUUUUCUGAUCCUGAUAUUCCCAAUUUUUAUUACGGAUCACACUACUCCAGUAUGGGGAUUGUGUUGUUCUAUCUUCUUCGGUUAGAGCCAUUUACAUCUUUGCACCGCACUCUACAGGGCGGCAAGUUUGACCAUGCAGACCGCCUUUUUCAAAGCAUUGAAGGGGCUUAUAGGAACUGUCUCUCCAACACAAGUGAUGUAAAAGAGUUAAUCCCUGAAUUCUUUUAUAUGCCAGAGUUUCUUCUCAAUUCAAACUCUUAUCAUUUUGGGGUAAAACAAGAUGGCAAACCCUUAGCAGAUGUUUCACUCCCUCCUUGGGCCAAGGGUUCCCCUGAAGAGUUUAUAAGCAAAAAUAGGGAGGCCCUUGAAAGUGAAUAUGUCAGUUCAAAUCUUCACCACUGGAUAGAUUUAGUGUUUGGCUACAAGCAGCGUGGAAAACCAGCAGUAGAGGCAGCGAAUAUCUUCUACUAUUUAACAUAUGAAGGGGCUGUUGAUCUGGACACAAUGGAAGAUGAGUUGCAACGGUCAGCUGUAGAAGACCAGAUUGCUAAUUUUGGCCAGACACCAAUCCAGAUAUUCCGCAGAAAGCACCCAAGAAGAGGGCCGCCAGUUCCAAUUGCUCAUCCAUUACGCUUUGCCCCUGGUUCUAUUAAUCUCACUUCCAUCGUGUCAAGUACAAGCGAUACACCUUCAGCUGUUUUGCAUGUUGGUGUACUUGAAUCUAACAUCGUCCUUGUGAACCAGGGACUCACCAUGUCUGUUAAGAUAUGGUUGACAACCCAACUGCAAUCUGGUGGAAACUUCACUUUCUCUAGCACACAGGAACCCUUCUUUGGAAUUGGUUCAGAUAUUCUUUCUCCUCGUAAAAUUGGGAGUCCUUUGGCUGAAUAUAUUGAACUAGGAGCACAGUGCUUUGCUACCAUGCAGACGACAUCUGAAAAGUUUCUGAUUUCAUGUGGGAAUUGGGAAAACAGCUUUCAGGUCAUAUCUCUAAAUGAUGGUAGAAUGGUGCAGAGUGUUAGACAGCAUAAAGAUGUUGUUAGCUGCGUUGCAGUGACUUCUGAUGGAAGCAUCCUUGCUACGGGAAGUUACGAUACUACUGUUAUGGUUUGGCAUGUUGUUCAGGCUAGGACACAGGAAAAGAGGGUUCGAAAUGCCCCAACAGAGAUGCCACGUAAAGACUGUGUAAUAGCUGAAACUCCCUUCCAUAUUUUGUGUGGGCAUGAUGAUGUAAUCACAUGCGUAUAUGCAAGUACGGAACUUGAUAUAGUGAUAAGUGGAUCCAAGGAUGGAACAUGUAUUUUCCAUACCCUGAGAGAGGGAAGGUAUGUGAGAUCCCUUCGACACCCUUCUGGUAGUCCAUUGUCAAAGCUUGUUGCUUCAUGUCACGGAAGAAUUGUUUUAUAUGCUGAUGAGGAUCUCAGUCUGCACCUCUAUUCUAUAAAUGGAAAACACCUGGCAACGUCUGAAUCCAAUGGCCGUCUGAAUUGUGUUGAAUUAAGUAGCUGCGGUGAGUUCCUUGUUUGUGCAGGAGACCAAGGCCAGAUUGUUGUACGGUCUAUGAACUCACUCGAGGUUGUUAGAAGGUAUAAUGGAGUUGGUAAAGUAAUAACGUCAUUAACUGUGACCCAGGAGGAAUGUUUCUUAGCUGGUACCAAAGAUGGAAGUCUUCUUGUAUACUCCAUAGAAAACCCACAACUUCGUAGAGCCGCUGUUCCUCGGAAUCCAAAAUCCAGAGCCUCUGUACUAUAAUAGAUUUAUGUAUGACAUUUACCGAUAGUUCAUUAUUCGCCAUUGUGCGGUAAUUUAAGAUUGCAGACUCUAGGUAGCAGUCACGCUCCUUGGCCAGAAUCCGUCUCCUGAAAGACUUGAAACAGAAGUAACUUUUCCACCCCAGCACAAGAACUUUUGGCAUUAGGGGAGAUUGUUAACAUUUUUCUUUGUGUACAUGCUGUGCCAUAUAUACACACACACAUAGACACUUCCAGUUCCACCCUUACAGUUGGAAGAAAUUUGAUAAGUUACCCAAGAUAUGUAUCCCGCUGCUUAUAUUAUACAUCCAUCAUAGCAGUAAUGGCUUUAUGGCUGAAGAAGGAUCAAGAUUUAUACAUGUACAGUGUUUUGUCGCAAUUUUAGAUUAGAAAUGUUGUGUAUUAGCUACAAUGAAGUCUAGGCUCUACAUUUCUUCAUCAUCUGCGAAGUGUUGACAAUCUUCAGUCCAUUGUGCGGGCAAAACACUUCCUAUAAUAAAAAGAUACAGCUUCCUUCA